UCUUCAUCCUUCUUCCAUAUAGUUUCUUUCUGAAUAUAUUUUCUUUCUGAAACACGUCAAAAUGUCUUCCAAGACUUUCCUUCUUCUUGCACUUGUUCUGGCCACUAUUCUUUUCAUUAGCUCCGAAAUGGCUGCAGCUAAGAACCUGGAGCCCAACAAUCACAGUGAGGUAGAAGAUGCAAAGUAUGGUGGUGAUGACCGUGGAUACAACAAUGGUGGUGGAGGAUACAACAAUGGUGGUGGAGGUUACAACAACGGUGGUGGAGGUUACAACAAUGGUGGUGGAAGAUACAACAACGGUGGUGGAAGAUACAACAAUGGUGGUGGACGAUACAACGGUGGCCGUGGAGGAGGAUAUUGUAGAUAUGGUUGCUGUGGUGGAGGACGUUACUACAAUGGAGGUUGCAGGUGUUGCAGCACUUAUGCAGAGGCAACUGCAUACAAACAAGCUCAUGAGGCCCAAACUCACAACUGAUAUAAGCAUUUAAGCUCUAUUUUACUAUGUGUAGUAUAUAUAUAUACCGGCCUUAGUGCUUAUGUUUAAUAACUGUGGUUGUAUGGUUUUCUGUUGAAGUAUGAACUUAAUAGUUCUAUAAUGGAAAUAUUUAAACACCUUUGUAUGUAGGAGUGUACUCCUUUGUUUCUAUUAAAACGUAGCAGAGACUAUGUUCUAUAUAUAAAUGUGAGUUUUAGGUUUAUGUUA